AUGGAAAUAGAAGAGUGUAUCGCGGUGUGGUAUUUAUUAAAUAAUAAGAAGAAGAAACUAAAAAGGAGACGUAGUUUGUGGGUUCAUCCCAUGUUGGGAUUAAGAGAAAGCAAAGGAACGUACCUGGCGACUGGUUGCUCCCUUACUGAGCUACAUUAUAACUACAGAGUUGGAAUUUCAACAGCGAGCGAAAUAAUUCAGGAAACAUGCAAGCUAAUUUGGAUAUUUAUGAAAGAACAAUGUAUACCAAAGCCCACACGAGAAAAAUGGUUAGAAAUCGCAUACGGUUUUUUGAAAAAUGCAAAUUAUCCACACUGUUUGGGUGCCAUAGACGGAAAACAUAUCCGGAACUUAAGCUCAAAAAAGCUAGAUCUUCCCAAUCCAGAUUUUUUGCCACAAAAGAAUGAUUACAAAAUCCCAUAUGUUAUUGUUAGAGACGAAGCAUUUGGUUUAUCCUUCAAUGUUAUGAGGCCAUAUGGUGGAAAAAAUCUGACAUUAAAAAAGAGAAUACAUAAUUACCGGUUAACUCGAGCACGAAGAUAUAUUGAGUGUACUUUUGGAAUACUUUCUAACAAGUGGAGAAUAUUUCACAGACCACUCAACGUGUCAAUAGAUUUUGCUGUUGACAUAGUUAAAGCUUGUACUGUACUCCAUAAUUCUGUUCGUGUACUAGAUGGAUAUAAACAUGAAGAUGCCUUAUCCGUCCAAGGAUUUUAUGAUGCUAAUGUUGCAAAAACAGGAGCGUGUUCUGCAAGAUCAGCGACUGCUAUUCGUGACUAUUUUGCUGACUAUUUCAUGAAUACUGAUAUAUUACCAUGGCAGAAUAGUUGUAUCAUGUGA